AUGGUCUGUAAGUGGCCCCUGUGCGGGCCCCUUGCCUCGAGGUCGAAUUGGACUUCUAAUCCGACAACAUCAUUAGAAAUCAGGCGCCAUUUAGUGUUCACGCAAGCCGACGACAAACCCAACACCCCCUCGACUACGCUUACCACAACCCCAUCGCACUUCCUUAUGACCAGUAUUGGCCUCUUCCAGAAUUUUAUCCACAGCUCCGACGUUGGUGCCCUAUCCAGUGAGCCGCGCUAUCGACUUACAGCCAAAGGAGGCGCCAAUGUCAAUUCACCUACUGGAGAAGGGCCAGGGUUGUAUCAGCCAUUUGUACAAUCGAGAUGUACAAUACACGAUAAAGGGUACUUGGAGAAUACUCCAGGAUCUGUCAGCUUUCCAACUGAGUUCCUCAACUGCUUUGAUGACGCUGAUUGUCUCCAAUCCAAACAGAACCCUAUGCAGUUCAACGAGUCGGCAUGGCUGCACAACGAAGACCUCGAAAACAUCUCAGCCUCAAGCACUUUCUUUUUGGGCAAAGAAAACUCAUCUGUGGUGUACCUGAACGGAAUGGUCCCCGACGCAACAUCGGGGGAAUCGAGAAACUUGGUCUAUAUCUGUAGCUUGUAUGCAAGCUGGGCGCCGUCCAACUUCUCAAUGGAUCCGAGCAUCAGUGACAGUCUUCAAUCAACAUUUAGCAACGAUAAAAGCAUGCGAGACAUGUAUUGCAGCAAGAGCCACGACGAUAUCCAUGUUAUAAGAUUCAGAUCGAAUUGGUUCAGAUCGCUCAACCCACACUGGAAUACCUCAACCACGGCCACCACCUCGGGUAUCAAUCAAAUUAUCCUCAACUUUUCCAUGAAGGAGACACUGAAUGGGAAAGAGGUGAAAGUUUUGGCCCCUGUCGAUGGUGCGAAUAACACAGCAUCAGAAAUAUUCCUGGCCAAAGUCUUUGGAGUUUACCUUGCCGAGGGCCUAGCACGGAACAGUCUGGAACAAAGGACAAGGAUCAAGCUAAACAGUACCGACACUGAGGUGACUUAUCUCGACUUGAACGAGCAACAUGGCUACCGUGGAGGUGUUCACAAAAUUACACCUUACAACAACACCCAUCUUCAGGAUGAGUGGAGGGACAGGACAACCUGGCGCAACACAACUUUUGCAGAUUUCACUGAAGUGCUCAACACAGCUUUACCGAUCAAUUUCACUGCGGAGCGCUACGGAUACGGUUCAGGACAAGGCCGCAAAACGUUAGAAUUUGCCCAGGUGAUGAUGCUGAUCUACCUCGGCAUCAUUGCCUUCUACGCCGCGACAGUUGGAACUGGAUACGUGCUGGAGCUUUUGAAGGUCAAAUCAGGUGGAGAGCGAGUUCGGGUCUUGAGCGUAAUACCAUGGUCAGAUUUGCAAGACUUGAUGAUACUCGCACUCAAGACGCCGCCUCCAACCGAUGAAGAUCUGACAGAUGCUGGGGCUGGUGUCACUUCUGACAAGGUGUGGGCGAAGGUAGUGAGAGCGGAGUCUGACGAUAAACGCAAUAUUCAACUAGCAUUUGAGGAAACAACACAUACGAGGAAGCUAGAUGUAAGUCGGAAGGAGCGGUAUUAUUGA